CACAUUUUCACUAUGGCGCUGCGAUGAAUGGAGUUCAAGAAGGAUACUGGAUUGUUGGAAGUUGAGGUGGGAUGACAGGCUGCCUCUCAUCCCCAGAAUGUAACACUGCUUAUGGCUACUAAAAGUUUAGAAACAAGGGCCAGUGAGUGCUUCCAAAAGGGCCAAUAUGAUGAAGCCAUUAAACACUAUACCUUGUGUUUAUCUAGUGUAUCCCAGACUGCAUCUAAAGAUACAAAAGCCACGCUGCUUUUCAAUAGAUCAUCUUGUUAUCUGAAACAGAAACUUUUUGAGAAUGUUGUAGAAGAUUGUUCAACAAUUCUAAAAUUUGACACGAAGAAUACUAGGGCUUAUGCCAGAAAAAUUAAGGCAUUGUGCAAUGGAUUAGGAAGGUUUUCAGAAGCACAUCAGACAGCAAAACGGUGGUAUGCAGCUGACUCUCAGAAUGCUCAAGCAAAGAAAGAGGUGGAAAGACUGGAAAUAAUCCUCAAUGCUAUGAAAGAACAGGAUGAGGAAGAUGAUGAUGUUCUUGUGUCUGAUAGAGGUGAUAGGGGUGAUGGGGAGGAAAGAACACCACCAGAAGGAAAAGAGGCUGACCCAGAUAAUAUAUCACUUAAUGUUACCACAUCAUCUGGAAAUGUCAGUAAAACACCCUUGCAAAUAAAAACAUCAUUGCCUGGGACUCUACAAAAUGGAUCCAGAAAUAAUGAUAACACAGACUCAGACUCAGCAUCUUCAUCACAGUCUUCAGUCAAGUCAGACAAUACUGCCAAACAGCUACAUUGUGUGCCAUGCAGCAUGGAGUUUAAGAACAAUGAAGACUUGGAUGUUCACCUAAGCAGUGAGGUCCAUAGGCAAUCUGUCAGUCUGGAGGAAGAUAAAAAUUGGAAAUUUCGACCUCCUCCUAGAGGGCUGACCAGUGAGGAAUACACCAUCUGUCCUAGGCAACAGACAUCAGGCACAUGCAAGUAUGGCACUCGUUGCACACAUGCUCAUUCUGAUGCAGAGCUAGUUGAGUGGAAACAAAGAUUUGACUACAGAAGGCAUAACAGUACAUCUUCUGGAGAUCAAGUAGCUGUAAAGAGAUCAUAUGCAGAGCUGUUAAUGGAGAAGUGGAUAAGGGCAGAGAAUAAAGAUGCAGUAAUGAAGGAGGCAAUUGAGAAUGUGAAGGUCCAUGUGAACUCUGAUCUGACUGUAACCAUGUCAACCAAGAGAUGUACAAAUGCCUGGACAUUUACACUUACGAGUAGAGAUUGCUUACAUAGGAUUAUUCUAUUAGAUGAUGCCUCCAGGGCCCACUAUAGUAUAGGCAGUGUCACUGUAGGACCAAAGAAAAGUCAGAAGAUACAGAAAGUAGAAGACAAUUGUGUGGAAUGGACAAAUCCCAGUAUAAAACUGAAGGGAAAUAAUGAGAAUGUGUACAGAAUUAAGAUUGUAUUUAAAGCUGAGAUAUUUGGAACAUUCCGCCAAUCUGUAGUGUUUGACUUUGGUAGUGAGCCAGUUCUCUACCAGCAGCUCUGUGUGGAUGCCACUCCUGUCAGUGACAUUGAGAAGCUGCAGCAAGAUCUCAUCAUCUCUGAGAAAGGACGAUGGGAUCUGGCAAAACUUGAGAUCAUACAAUACAAACCUAGUCCCUUCCCUAUACUGGAUGGUGAUCGACAGCUUCUCGAAAAUUACCAGCCUCCAGUGGCAGAAGAGCUCAGGAAGUCUCCAUCCAUUGCUGAACUUAAUCUUUCUGCAGAGAACUACAGACAAAGGAUGCAUGACUUGCUUUAUAUUGAAGAAAUGGCUCAGUAUGCAAGCAUUGCAAGAUAUAAUGUGAAGACAGCACUUCAGAUAGUGGACAAAUUCAUCCUUUUACCAGCAAACAAUGCUACAGCAAAGUAUGCUGUGAAUGGGGAGCUGUUUGCUAGAAUGAAGCUGAAUACAGAGAUUUCUGAGGACACUUCACAUGGACGGUUGAUUUUACAGACUGUUAACACAGUACUUCUUGCUCCCUUUGACCCGAAGAAGAAAAACAAGGAACCAGAAACGGUAUAUGAAGCAAUGGUAGAGGAGAAGGGGAAGGAUUUCAUCAUGGUCAGAAUUUCAAAGGAAUGUGUACAGGAGUUAGGACUCAAACCAGACAAAGAACUAAAUGCCGAGGUCCAGUUCCAGCUGAACAGACUCCCUGUGUGUGAGAUGCACCAUGCAAUAGACAAGCUACAGGACGUUAGACUAGUGUUUCCAGAUUUAGAUCAUUCUAUUUCCAUUCCUUGGACACCGAGGAGGCAGUGGAGUGAUAAGCUAGAUGCCAGACUAAAUACCAAACAAAAAGAGGCAAUUGUUGCAAUGACAACCUCCCUGGAGAUAGAGCUGCCCCCUAUUCUUUUGGUCGGUCCUUAUGGGACAGGGAAGACCUUCACAUUGGCUCAGGCUGCUAAACAGAUAUUACAGCAAGAAGGCACCAGAAUACUUAUUUGUACACAUUCAAAUAGUGCUGCAGACCUGUACAUAAAAGACUACUUCCAUCCAUAUGUAGAGGACAAUCACUUAGAGGCCAAACCACUUAGAAUCUACUACAGAAACCGCUGGAUACAGACAGUGAACGAGACUGUGCAGAAGUACUGUUUAAUAGAUCCAUCUUUUAAUUUCCGCAUGCCUACCAAGGAGGACAUUGAGGGGCACCGAGUGAUUGUAGCAACUCUCAGCACAUCAAAGUACCUGUAUGAUAUUGGAUUAGAGCCUGAUUGUUUUACCCACAUAUUGCUGGAUGAGGCAGCCCAGGCGUUGGAGUGUGAAACAAUCAUGCCACUGGCUGUGGCCAGCAAGAAGACCAGAAUUGUGCUGGCUGGAGAUCAUAUGCAGAUGAGUCCAGAGGUUCAUUCUGACUUCACAAGGGGCAGGAAUUUACACAUUUCCCUGCUAGAAAGGUUGUAUGACUUAUACCCUGGAGAACAGCCCUGCAAAAUCCUUCUUUGUGAAAACUACAGGUCUCACAAAGCCAUACUGGAUUACACAUCAGAACUGUUCUAUGAUAACAAACUUGUAGCUGGAAGUAAGCAGCCAAGGCAUGAAGUGUUCUAUCCCCUGUCCUUCUUUACUGCCAAAGGAGAAGAUGUGCAGCACCAGAAUAGCACUGCAUUUUAUAAUAAUGCUGAGGUCUAUGAGAUAGUGGAAAGAAUCUCGGAACUGAAGAAAAUGUGGCCCAAGUCCUGGGGUUCACAAGAUGAUGGUGCCAUAGGAGUAGUGUCUCCAUAUGCAGACCAGGUAGUUAGAAUAAGGUCAGAACUUCGCAAAAGGAAGAUGGGGGGAGUUUCAGUGGAGAGAGUCUUCAAUGUUCAAGGAAAACAGUUCCGUGCCAUAUUUUUGAGCACUGUUCGUACACGUAACACCUGUAGUACUGAUACCACAAUGGAGGAUUUUAUGGACUUUGGGUUCUUGUCUAAUGCUAAACUUCUCACCACUGCCAUCACUAGAGCCCAGUCACUGGUAGCUGUGGUGGGAGACCCUGUGUCACUGUGUUCUAUUGGGAAGUGCAGGUAUGAUUACUGGUACCUUAAUAUAGUGAUAGUAGAAAACCCCAUCUAUUAA